CUGCUAUAAUGCUCGAGGAAUUCUGAACCCCAAUACCUUCACAGCUUCUCUUCAAUGGAAAGCACUCACAAAGGCAAGUUUUGCAUACUCUAUCUGGUCUUGGUCUUUGAUUUUCUGUAUAUUUCUAGUGUUUUCGCAAACUCAAACUCAGCUGUAUUUGAAAACGAACACGUAAUCGAUCGUGAACGUGAUAGGAAUGAGAAUGCAUUGAACAAUCAACACCAGCUUCAACUAGAAAAGCUUCAAGAGCUAAUAAAAAACCUUAGCGAUCUGGUAUUUAGGUUAGAAUCGCGUUUUUCUGAUGACGAAAAGGACAGUGUUGAUGGAUCAUCGCGUUUAGCUCUUGAGGAAGAAGUUAAGUAUGGUAAAGGAAAGAACAAUGGUGAUCGGUUUGAGGAAAAUAUUGAAGAUGAAGGUUUGAAGAGUAAGAAGAGGGAAAUUGAGAGAGUGGGGGCGGUGGCAGUUACAAAGUAUAAUCCAUUUUGGUCGGAGAAGUUUCAGUUUGUGUCAGCUGUGAAAUUGAGUUCUGAUGCUACUUGUAUCAAUGUGUUGCCAUUGAGGGAUUACGAAGGAUUGGGUAAAUAUGUUGCGGUUGGGGAUGAUCAUGGGAGGAUCUAUGUGUUUUUGAGAAAUGGGGAUGUUUCGGUUGAUUUUUAUACAUUGUCGUAUUCACCUGUUACGGCUAUGGUGUCUUACUUGUCGGUUUAUAAGAAUGAAACCGUAUUGGUUACUGGACAUGAGAAUGGUGUAAUUUUGAUGCAUAGGCUUUGGGAGGUGCCAAAUGGAGAGGAAUUGAGUUUGCUUCGUAUGGAAACUGUCCGGGAAUUUACUUCACUGGAAGGUGGGGAAGGGGGGUUGCCUAUAACUAUCUUGGAAGUGCAUCAUGUUGGGAGGGUGAGGUACAUUUUGUCGAUUGACAGCAGUGGAAAGAUUAGGGUUUUCCGGGAGACUGGGAGACAACAUGGAUUGGCGGUGCCAACCAGCAGGCCACUCGUGUUCUUGAAGCAAAGGCUUAUGUUUCUUACUGAGACUGGUGCGGGAUCAUUGGAUUUGAGGAAAAUGAAAAUUAGGGAGUCAGAGUGCGAAGGUUUGAACAAUUCUGUUGCUAAGAACUAUGUUUUUGAUGCCACUGAGCGGUCGAAAGCAUAUGGCUUUACAUCGGAGGGUGAUUUGAUUCAUGUGUUUUUGUUAGGUGAUACAAUGAACUUCAAAUGCAGGGUUAGAUCCAAAAGGAAAGUUGAUAUGAAUGAGCCUCUAGCUCUUCAGGCAAUAAAAGGAUAUUUACUGUUUGUGAACCAGGAGAAGGUUUAUGUGUAUAAUGUUUCCUCUCAUCAUUAUGUUAGGGCUGGUGGGCCACGGCUUCUGUUUUCUGCAUGUCUAGAAGAGAUCAUAGCAUCAUUUAUAAAUGGUCAAGCAGUGGAUAUAGAUGCCGUAAAGAGACGAGUGAUUCCAUCAAUAGCCACUGACCAUGAAAAGCUUGUUAUUCUGAAUCUAGGAAGUGGGUUUGUGGGGAUGUAUCGCUCCAACCUUCCUCUUUUCAAAGGAGAAUUUAAUAGCAUGCAGUGGAUCAGUUCCAUUUUGUUUUUUAUUCUGUUCCUUUUUGGUGCAUGGCAAUUUUUUGCCAAUAAGAAGGAAGCUCUUACCUCUUGGGGCCCAGAUGAUCCUUUUACUUCAACAUCAGCUACAAACGGAGCUCCAUUAGGAUCUGGAUCUGGUGAUAGAUCUUUCACGGAUUCUUCUGCAAGAAAUGCUGAUAUUAUGGAUCUGAGAGGUGGUGGUCUAAGAGGUCCAUCAAGAAGGUAUGUUUCUCCAUCCCAGUAUCCAGAUGGAUCAGCCAGUUCCCACAGGCCAAUUUCUGUUGAUACCAACUCUAGACCUGCUUCUGUUGAUCCCAAUUUCAGGGCAGCCUCAGAGUUGAAAUUUAGGGGGUCAAAUCUAGAAUCUGCAGAUUUCCUAAAAGAAGAGAGACUCCAUUUGUAAACAGUCAAGUUUUAGAUGAUAGCAAUUAACUAGUAACAAUGAUUGCAUUGACUUUUACCACGCUGGGGUGAUUGUUCUCCCUCUUUCUGUAAUCUUACAAACUGCAGUUGAGCUUGAUAUAGUAGUUAACUUUUGUAACAUUAGUUAUGCGAGAAAGAAAUAAACAGAAAUUCUUAAGCAUUUGC